AUGACCAGCGAAGCACAAAAUUAUAUUGACCGAAUGAAAAAUAAAGAAAAACUUACCUAUUUGGACCUAAGCAAUCAAGAGCUUGAAGGAAACCUAAAUUUAGCAAAUUUUUCUAGUUUGGUAAGCAUUAAUGCUUUCAAAAACAAAUUCAACGAUUUAGAUUUUUUACUGAGUUUACCCAAUAAAGAAAAAUUGAAAAAAAUAAAUUUUUGGGGAAACAAAAUAACCAAUCCCGGAAAUGCCCUUGUCCUAUUCGAUAAAUUUCCCAAUUUAGAAUCAAUAAACUUAGGAGGUAAUCCUCUCGCUUGGAAUAAUUUGAAAAAUUUAGAUGACCGGCAAGUUUUAUUAUUAAUUAAAUUAAUUGAAGAAGAAAAGGUUAAAAUCAAUGCUAAUUCUCCCGAAAUAACUCUUUUAAAAUAUAUCAAACAAUUAAAAGAAGAGAAUAUGCUUCUCAAACAACAAGUCCAAAUCGAGGUUCCUCCGAAAUAG